UUUCUAUCUCCACUUUUUCAAAAAUUAAAAAACCCUAGAGCUCCUCAGUGCUCAUCCGCGAACGCAUAAACCCUACAGUGCGAUCGGAGAUUUUCCUUAAGGAAUGGAGUGGAAUCCAGAGACUCUGCAGUUCCUUUCCCAAUGCUUCCUCCACACUCUUUCCCCUCUCCCUGAGCCCCGCCGCGCAGCUGAGAAAUCCUUAUCUGAAGCUGCGGACCGCCCUAACUAUGGUCUCGCCGUGCUCCGCCUUGUGGCUGAGCCUACCGUGGAUGAUCAGAUCCGUCAUGCUGCCGCUGUCAACUUCAAGAAUCACCUCCGAUUCCGUUGGGUGCCGUCUAAUGACCCCAACGCCGGUCCAACUCUCAUCCCGAUCCUGGACCCUGAGAAGGAGCAGAUCAAAGCCUUAAUUGUGUCGUUAAUGCUAUCUUCCUCUCCUCGCAUCCAGAGCCAGCUUAGCGAGGCCCUUGCUGUCAUCGGAAAGCACGACUUCCCCAAGGUGUGGCCUACUUUGCUUCCUGAGCUCGUCGCCAGCCUCCAGAAGGCUGCGCAAGUCUCGGAUUACGCAUCUAUCAAUGGUAUUCUUGGUACCGCCAAUUCUAUUUUUAAAAAGUUUAGGUAUCAGUAUAAAACCAACGAUCUUUUGCUUGAUUUGAAGUAUUGUUUGGACAAUUUUUCGGCUCCAUUAUUAGAAGUUUUUCUUAAGACUGCUUCUGUGAUUGAUUCUGCCACUGCUUCGGGUGGUAGCUCGGCUGCUACCCUCCGACCUCUGUUUGAGUCACAGAGAUUCUGUUGUAGGAUAUUCUUUUCCUUGAACUUUCAGGAAUUACCGGAGUUUUUUGAGGAUCACAUGAGGGAGUGGAUGGGUGAGUUUAAGAAGUAUUUGACAAUAAACUACCCCUUGCUUGAGAACAGCUCGGAUGGGCUUGCGGUUGUUGAUGAGCUUCGGGCGGCUGUUUGUGAGAAUAUUAGUCUAUAUAUGGAGAAGAACGAGGAAGAAUUUCAAGGUUAUUUGAAUGACUUUGCUUCUGCUGUCUGGACUCUGCUUACAAAUGUUUCCCUGUCAUCUAGCCGAGACAAACUAGCGGUUACGGCCAUGAAGUUCUUGACAACAGUUAGCACAAGUGUGCACCAUGCAUUGUUUGGUAGUGAUGGAGUAAUACCACAGAUUUGUCAGAGCAUUGUUAUUCCAAAUGUUAGAUUAAGGGAGGAUGAUGAGGAGCUUUUUGAGAUGAAUUUUGUCGAGUUCAUUAGGAGGGAUAUGGAAGGGAGUGAUCUUGACACAAGAAGGAGGAUUGCUUGUGAAUUGCUCAAAGGGAUUGCAACUAAUUAUAAGAAACAAGUCACUGACAUUGUUUCCAUUCAGAUACAAAAUUUGUUAGCCUCCUAUGCUACAAACCCUACUGUAAAUUGGAAGGACAAGGAUUGCGCAAUAUAUUUGGUUGUGUCACUUGCAACAAAAAAGGCUGGUGGGACUUCUGUUUCAACUGAUCUUGUUGAUGUCAAUAGUUUUUUUACGUCAGUUAUUGUCCCUGAGUUGCAAAGUCCUCUAAAUGGUUCUCCCAUGCUUAAGGCAGGUGCACUUAAAUUUUUUACAAUGUUCCGGAGUCAGAUACCAAAGCCUAUUGCAUUUCAAUUGUUGCCUGAAUUGGCUAGGUUCUUGGCUGUGGAGUCAAAUGUGGUUCAUUCUUAUGCUGCAAGCUGUAUAGAGAAACUGUUGCUUGUCAAGGAUGAAGGUGGAAAAGCAAAAUACACUUCGGCAGAUGUAAGUCCCUUUCUCCACCUUCUGAUGAACAACCUUUUUAAUGCAUUCAAGUUUCAAGAUUCUGAGGAGAACCAGUAUGUUAUGAAGUGCAUAAUGCGCAUUCUUGGUGUCGCAGAGAUUCCUAAUGACAUUGCUGGACUUUGCAUUGAUGGGCUAACUUCCAUUCUAAAUGAAGUUUGCAAAAAUCCAAAAAAUCCAAUUUUUAACCAUUAUCUUUUUGAGUCAGUGGCUGUUCUUAUCAGGAGGGCUUGCGAGAGAGACAUCUCUCUCAUCUCUGCUUUUGAGGGAAAACUUUUUCCUAGCCUCCAAAUUAUCUUGGCCAAUGACGUAACGGAGUUCUUGCCUUAUGCCUUCCAGCUCUUGGCGCAGCUAGUUGAACUGAACAGGCCACCUAUCUCUCCAAGUUACAUGCAAAUUUUUGUUCUCCUCCUGUCUCCUGAUUCAUGGAAGCGAUCUUCUAAUGUUCCUGCACUUGUGCGCCUGCUUCAGGCCUUCCUUCAAAAGGCUCCAAAUGAGGUCAACCAAGAAGGGAGGCUGAACCAGGUUCUUGGUAUAUUCAACAUGCUUGUUUCAUCUCCCAGCACUGAUGAACAAGGCUUCUAUGUGCUUAAUACUGUGAUUGAGAAUCUUGAUUAUGGUGUGAUAGCUCCCUACAUGCCCAACAUCUGGAAAACUCUUUUUAUGCGCCUUCAGAACAAUCGUACUAUAAAGUUUCAGAAGUCCCUUGUGAUUUUUAUGUCACUCUUUUUAGUCAAGCAUGGUGCAACUAAUCUUGUAGACACUAUGAAUUCUGUUCAGCCCAAUAUAUUCUUUGCGAUUUUGGAGCAAUUCUGGAUACCAAAUCUUAAGCUGAUCACUGGGGCUGUCGAGCUUAAGUUAACUGCAGUUGCUUCAACCAAGCUUAUUUGUGAAUCUCCAGUUCUUUUGGAUGCUGCAGCUGCUAAACACUGGGGCAAAAUGCUGGAUAGCAUUGUAACGCUUCUGUCACGCCCAGAGCAAGAAAGAGUGGAGGAAGAACAAGAAAUGCCAGAUAUUGCAGAAAAUGUAGGAUAUACUGCUGCAUUCAUUAAACUUUAUAAUGCUGGGAAGAAAGAGGAGGAUCCACUGACUGACAUAAAGGAUCCAAAGCAAUUCUUGGUGGCUUCACUGGUAAGGCUUUCUUCUCUUUCCCCUGGGAGGUACCCGCAGAUCAUCAAUGAAAAUCUCGAGCCAGCAAAUCAAACGGCUUUACUUCAGCUUUUUGGCACCUACAAUUGCUCGAUGGUUUGAUUCUACUCAACCAUGGCACUAAAUGAUCUAUCUCCAUAACGUACCAGGCUUUUGUGAGACAAUAAGUUAGGUUCUGUGAUGGUGGAUGUCAGUUUCAAUGGGUUGCAUAACUUGCAUUACUGGGCUGUGGCAGCAUUCUUACGUCAUUGCUGUUUACCUUGACACUUGCCCAACUUCAGGAUCUCUUGCCAGCAAUGUAAGAUCUCGCAGGUCUUGCUCAUUUCUCCCUUUCCAUGCAUUUGUUGGUGGACGGUAGUACCACUGUCGUCUCACCGGCUCGUGGAUAUGCCGUGCACCUGCUUCCCCCUGGUUUUGUCAUUCAGCAUGCAUUAGUCUGCAAGUUGUAGAUUUCAAUUGCUUUAUGAUCUUGUCAAAAGAGUUGUGGCCAAAACCUUUGGCGUUUCUUUUUACCCUUUCUUUUUGUAGGCAAAGGGAAGGCGCAAUCAGAGUUAUGUUAUUUCUGCAUGUAUGGUUUUGAAAUGAAAAUAGAUUUUCAGGAAAAUUUUGAGUCGUUCCAAAAAGAAUUUGCUUAAAAUUUCAGUUCCAUGAUAUGUGUUUCAAUAAAUGCCGGAGUUUAAA